GAAAUUAUGGAUAUCGAGUCUGCAUAUACUGAAUUCAUAUCCUGUGAUAGAACUGGGAGAAGGAAUGCAGUUCCUGACAUCAAAGGUGAAGGUAGCACAACUGGCAUGAGAGAUCUGUCUGAAAACAUGGGAGACCUGGCCAUCCAAGGAGCAGAGAGCCAGGAGGGUGCCUCUUCUGCAGACAGUAGUCAAGAGCCAAGGCCAGAGGCGCAAGAUGGCAGCUCAUCUUCGUGAAAUGGGUGCACCAAGCACAUAGUGACAUUUAAUGAAAAAGCUAAAUGUAUGCAAACAGCAGGAUGUUACAUGGCCCUUCUGAUGAACCACAGUGAAAUGGAUUUGCAAACUACAGUUCACAGAUGCCUACAGAUGUACAAUGCACAGAACUCACAGCACCACCUAGUGGUCCAGAUCUUCAGUCUUUUGGAAACCAACCUGAUUUAACUUGCCUUAGCAUUUUUUUGCCCUUUUUAGAAAAAAAACAAACUAAUAUGCAAUUUCAAUAGCACAUGAUAUUUUGCUAAAGGUACUUAUUUUGCCCCUCUGUAUUUUGUAACUGUAAACUAUUAUUUAUUCUGCAUUUUGGGAAAGUGCUUUCUGUAUCCUAUUACUAUUUGCUUGUUGAGUUCCCAUCAUACAGUGAUGAAGAACAGAAUGUUAGGACAGCCAAUGAAGAAUAUCAGCUUUGUUUAAACACUGCCUUAUGGGAUAUGAAUGGACCAAAACUUUUGCUAUACUCAAGUUGAGCAUGAAUGGAAUGCAGCACAGCAAACUGCCAGCCACACAUUUUUACUUUUUAACAUCCCGAUUUUUUUUUAAUACAAUCUUUUAUGUAGAACCAAUACACAAAUUCUACAUAGUUUAGAUAUUUAAUACAAAGAAGAAGAAAAAAUGGAUGGGUUUGUUUUUUUGUUUUUUCUUUUAAGAAAACAUUUUCUUUGAUAUGAAAAAUACAUUAUUAGUUGGCUUAUAAAUGUGGUUUAUUUUUUGUGGAUGAGUCAUUUAAUAAAUACCACUUAUUUGAAA